AUGAAACUACUAUUCCAUUUCUCAGUAUUGGCAUUCACCCACGGUGUUGCCGCUGCAUCAUUUCCCGGGAAUACGGCCAAUACAGGAAUAAUUCGAGAAUAUCAUUUCGAGAUCACCGACGUAACUGUUGCUCCAGAUGGGUAUCCAUGGCCUGUCAUUAACGGCUCCACAAUGGUUGCAGACUGGGGAGAUACAGUCAUGGUUCAUGUCACUAAUGCCUUACAGUCUUCCACUAAUGGUACAAGCUUUUCUUUCCAUGUUAUUCGACAAAACUACACCAAUAUGAUGGAUAGAGUAAUACCCAUUACCCAGUGUCCCAAAGCUAUACAGUACGGAAGCUCAUGGUAUCACUCUCAUUUCGGCUUACAGGUUUGGGAGGGAGUCGUUGGGGGUAUCGUUAUCAAUGGCCCUGCCAGCACAAAAUACGGUGAAGAUGAGGGUAUUCUGUUCCCCAACGACUGGACUCAUCAGACUUCGCCCUCUGAGCCAAGAAAAUGUUUCAAUUUUCCUGUGGAUAAUAAUGCACUCACCAUAAUUGCAAACGAGUUGGUUCCGAUCCAGCCGCAUUCUACAACGAUCCUUAGCAUUGACAUAGGUCAACGAUAUGACGUUAUUAUCACGGCGGAUAAAUCAUUUGGAGUAGAUAACUUUUGGUUAAGGGCUAUUCCACAGGCAGCAUGUUCAGAGAACGACAGCGCGGAUAACAUCCGCAGUAUUGUCUACUACGGUGAUUCACCAGGCAUACCAAAUACAACUGGAUACACGUAUGUUGAUAAUUGUGAGAUGAAGAUUCAUCCAAUCUUCAACCAGUUGUGUGUCAUUGCAAUGGCGAAUAAAUGUGAGUAUCUAUUGAGAUUGUACCUCGAUGGGUUUACAAUGCAGGUGAAAUGGGACAACCCGAACUUACUUCAAAUAUACAAUAACGAGAAAGUGGACGAAUGGGUGUACGUCCUUAUCGAGUCCUCUAUCCCCACACCGCACCCAAUUCACUUACACGAGCAUGACUUCUCUAUCCUUGCACAGGGGACAGGGAACUACACUGCUUCUUCUUACACUACGUUGAUCAACCCACUCAGAAGAGAUACGGCAACGCUACCCACAGCUGGCUAUCUACUCUUAACAUUUCAAGCCGAUAAUCCGAUGUUUGGAUUCGCAUUACAGUUCGUGGAACGAUACCACAUCAUUCGAGAUCUAAUCGACGAAGACAGUUUGACAGGCACAUGCGAAUCAUGGAAUGCAUUUUCAACGGACAAAGUUGUUGAGGGAGACUCUGGCAUAUGA